AAGUUUCACUUCCUGGAAGCAGAAACUCACUCCGUCGCUGCUGCUCAGAUGAGAACAUGGCUCAGAAAGGAGGUAAUGUUUAUUCAGAGAGCAUCUCUUGUUCCAUCUGUCUGGAUCUCCUGAAGGAUCCAGUGGCUCUCUCCUGUGGACACAGCUACUGUAUGAAGUGUAUUGAAGCCCACUGGGAUGGAGAGGACCUGAAGACAACCUACAGCUGCCCUCAGUGCAGGAAGACCUUCACACAGAGGCCUGUCCUGGACAAGAACGUCCUGUUAGCAGAGUUAGUGGAGGAGCUGAAGAAGACUGGACUCCAAGCUGCUGCUGCUGAUCACUGCUAUGCUGGAGAUGAAGAUGUGUCCUGUGAUGUCUGCACUGGGAGGAAGAUGAAGGCUGUCAAGUCCUGUCUGGUCUGUCUGGUCUCCUACUGUGAGAAACACCUUCAGCCUCACUAUGAGUCUCCAGCCUUUAAGAAACACCAGCUGGUGGAGCCCUCCAAGAACCUCCAGGAGAACAUCUGCUCUCGUCAUGAUGAGGUGAUGAAGAUGAUCUAUCGUACUGAUCAGCAGUUGAUCUGUUAUCUCUGCUCUGUGGAGGAACAUGAAGACCAUGAAACAGUCAAAGCUGCAGCAGAAAGGACUGAGAGGCAGAAGAAGCUGGAGGAGAGUCGACUGAACAUCCAGCAGAGAAUCCAGGACAGACAGAAAGACGUGAAGCUGCUUCAACAGGAGAUGAAGGACAUCAGAGUCUCUGCUGAUAAAACAGUGGAGGACAGUGAGAAGAUGUUCACCCAGAUGAUCCAUCUCAUCCAGAACAGAAGCUCUGAGGUGGAGCAGCAGAUCAGAUCCCAGCAGGAGACCGAAGAGAGUCGAGUCAAAGGGCUUCAGGAGAAGCUGGAGCAGGAGAUCAAGGAUCUGGAGAGGAAAGAUGCUGAGCUGAAGCAGCUCUCAGAUCUAGAAGAUCACAACCAGUUUCUCCACAAAUACCCCUCAGUGUCAGCACUCAGUGAGUCCAAACCUUCAUCCAGCAUCAACAUCUGUCCUCAGAGACACUUUGAGGACAUGACAGCAGCUGUGAAAGAGCUCAGAGGUAAACUAGAGGACGUUCUGAAGGACACCUGGACAAACAUCUCACCGUCAGAUGUUCUACCACCACAACCAGAACCACAACCAGCCCUAGAACCAGAACAAGAACCAACGACCAGAGCUGGAUUCUUAAAAUAUUCACAAGAAAUCAUUCUGGAUCCAAACACAGCACUCAAAAGGUUGCUCUUCUCCAAUGGGAACAGAAAAGUGACAGCAGUGAGUCAACAACAGUCUUAUCCUGAUCAUCCAGACAGAUUCACUUAUUAUUUUCAGAUCCUGAGUAGAGAGAGUCUGACUGGACGAUGCUACUGGGAGGUGGAGAGGACAGGAGGAGGAGCUUCUGUUGCAGUUUCAUACAAGAACAUCUUCAGAGCAGGGAAGUCACAUGAAUGUGGAUUUGGACUCAAUGACAAGUCCUGGUCUUUAUACUGUGACGCCAGCGGGUACAAGUUCUGGUACAAGAACCUGAAAACUUCCGUCUCUGGUCCUCAGUCGUCCAGAAUCGGAGUUUACCUGGAUCACAGAGCAGGUAUUCUGUCCUUCUACAGCGUCUCUGAAACCAUGACUCUCCUCCACAGAGUCCAGACCACAUUCACUGAGCCGCUACAUGCUGGAGUUUGACUUUAUUAUGCUGGAAACACUGCAGAGUUCAUUAAACCCAAAUAGACUGAAGUCUCUCAAAGACGGCUGGUUAGAAUGAUUCAGUCUCCAUCAUUUUCCACUGUAAAACAUGCUUAACAUUCACUUUUACAACAAUUUACUGUUGUUUUAAAGAGUUAAACGAGAGAUAAUAUGUAUAAAAAUGUUAAUUUAUAUGUUGAGUGUAAAAAAAAAAAAAAAAAAAAAAAAGGGGUAAAAGUAUUUCCAAAAAGUUUACACCAUCUUACUGAUGCUGUCCAGAUCCAUGAUGAUUCCACGUCUGGACAGUUUAUAGUUCUGUUCAUCUAAAGGGGAAAAAAACUGUCUUUAACUUGGUUUUUAUGCAGUUUGUAAAUCAACGUUUUCUAUUUCUGAUUGUUUCUGAAAGCAUUUGGAUUAUUAGAUUGUUUUCUGUGCAGCUGUUUCCUUUUCUCACCAUCGCUUCACUGAAUGGUAUGUUGUUGUAUUUUUAAAUGUCAUUAUUUGUAUUUUUCACUUCUACCAGUUUUGGACUUCACAGUUUUUCCUGAAUGUAGAUUUUGAGGAAUUAUGAGCUGAGUUUGUGUUUUGUAUUUUUCAUUUCUGAUUUAUAUUAAGUUUUGCUUGUUUGGCUUUUUGUGUAUCUGAAGUUAAAUUAGGAAAUUUAACGUGUUUUGUUGGAAAUUUGAAGCCUUUGAUUUCUGUCAAUUAAUGUCAAAGAUAAAGUUAAUGUUGAACA